UUCGGCAAAAUGAUCUAUUUAUGUUUAAUCGCAGACACCACUCCUUGUCGGCAGAGGGCGGUAACACACUAUUACGUUAUUUGCUAUCUACAAUAAAACACGAAAAAGAACAUUAUGAAGCGACGCUAAAUAAAAUGGCAGGAGUGUUUGACAUAGACUUGGAGACUGAUGACAUCAGCGAUGCAGAGGAUGAUGUCUGUGACUUCACUGUGACUCAGACAGAGAAUGUUCAAACGGAAGAGGUGGAGUUGACCAGUGAAAGUGUCAACAGGGACAGUGAGAGAGUUGGACCUGACUGUUUUGAGCUCCUUACGGUUCUGGGAAAAGGAGCCUAUGGCAAGGUUUUCCAGGUGAGAAAGGUUCAAGGUGCCCAGACAGGAAAAAUAUUCGCCAUGAAAGUCCUGAAAAAGGCUAAAAUAGUGUGCAGUGCUAAAGAUACAGCCCACACGCGAGCUGAGCGAGAGAUCCUGGAGACGGUGAGACAUCCGUUCAUUGUGGAUCUGCUCUACUCCUUUCAGACGGGGGGCAAACUCUACCUGAUACUGGAGUGUUUGAGUGGAGGGGAGCUGUUUAUGCAGCUGGAGAAAGAAGGCAUCUUUUUGGAAGAUGCUGCAAGUUUUUAUCUUGGGGAGAUCACAUUGGCCCUCGGUCAUCUUCACUCAAAUGGCAUUAUUUACCGAGACCUCAAACCUGAAAACGUCAUGCUCAAUCACCAAGGCCACAUCAAGCUUACUGACUUUGGCCUCUGUAAAGAAUCAAUUCAUGAUGGAGCUGUCACCCACACCUUCUGUGGCACUGUAGAAUACAUGGCUCCAGAGAUCCUCACCAGGUCAGGUCACAACAGAGCAGUGGACUGGUGGAGUCUGGGAGCACUGAUGUACGAUAUGAUGACCGGCUCGCCUCCAUUCACAGCUGAGAACCGAAAGAAGACCAUUGACAAGAUCUUGAAGUGCAAACUUAAUCUGCCUCCUUACCUGACCAUGGAUGCCAAAGACCUCGUCAAGAAGCUGUUGAAAAAAAAUCCAGUUCAGAGGAUUGGCUCCGGUAAAUCAGACUGUGCUGAUAUUCAGAAACACCAUUUCUUCAAGCAUAUCAACUGGGACGACUUGUUGAACAAGAGAGUCGAACCUCCAUACAAACCUCAGCUGCAGUCGGAUGAUGAUGUGAGCCAGUUUGACACCAGAUUCACCAGACAAACACCUGUGGACAGUCCAGACGAUACAUCACUUGGCCACAGUGCCGAGCUCGCCUUCGCUGGCUUCACCUAUGUGGCGCCGUCCGUCUUGGAGAGCCUCAAAGAAGGUUUCUCAUUUGAACCCCGAACGCGGCCUGUUCGUCGACACAACAGCAGCCCACGCACACCCAUCAGUCCUCUUACGUUUUCCCCAGCUGGACCUUUCAAGUCCGGCAUUGAGGGAGAGCCGAGGCUUUGCUCUCCUAUUUCGCCAUUCACAGCACCGGCUCCCAAACCACUAGAAAACGGAACUGCCAGUCAACCAAUCCGGACACCUGCUAGGAACAAGAAGCAAAAGGGACACAGGAGAUGAAAGGGAAGCCUUCAAAGAGCCCAUCUGCACUGCUGCACCUCAGCCAGGUUUGUUUGUUCUGUGACAAACUGGAAGUGUUGAGGCAGUCAGCUAAAGUGUUUUGUUUUUGCUGAGGCUCUCAAAAACUGGCGGUUUGUACACACACACGUGUUACAUUUGUCACCAGGUGAAAAAAAAACCCAUCCUGAACUUAACUGUCCAGUCAGUCAUUCCACACACGUCCAGAGGAUCAGGUUGGAAUUUCUGUUUGUCCUUGAGCUUUAUUCAAAUCUGCCAUCCAUUGGGCAUUUUGCAUAACCAGCAUGCGUUUGAAACUUCAACUGAGCCGUUGCACAGAAGCACCCCAAGCUUAUGAGAAUGGGUGCAAACAGAACCGAUGCGGAGAAAUCUGCUGCAGCCAGCAAAAAGUGAAAUGUAUAAAGCUAACUACAGAUAAUGCAACAUCAUGAAUGUGCUUCACAAUAAAAGUGUUUAAUAUCAAAGCAGCAGUGGUUGUAAUAGAAGCACAGCAAAAGAUUUAUGGUGAAGGCUUCCGAACAUUGUGGCACUUUGCUUAAUGUUACCAGGCUAAUGGUGCAAAAGUAACAGACAUGUACGUUGUUUUGAAACAUUGCACGUCUGAAAUAGGUUUUAUCAUGUGUAUAAGAGACCAGCUUGAAAUAAUCAUGACAGAUAGUCCACGGAAAUUAGAUGUGCAUGAGUGAAGAGCUGAGAUAAACAACUUUACUACAGUUAGGGAACUGGAACUAGUGAGAUAUAAAACUCACUGUCUUUUUCUGUUUUUAACCAACAUUUGUGGAACAAUGUAGCUACAGCUGAGGAGUGCUGAUAUAAAUGAAUACACAAACCGCAUGUUGUGUUUGCUUAAAAGGUUAAUGUUGGAAUGGAUGUUUUAUUUUUUUGUGGUGUACUGAAACUUCCAUCCACAGCUUGUUGUUGGUCACCACAUCUGAUUAUGAACAAUAAUUUUAGAAUGUUGACAGGUCAUCCUCUGUUUUCAGUGUUCACCUUUCUGCAUAAGAUUUUAUUUAAUAAUAUUUUAGUUACAACGUAGAGGAAAAAACGUUUUACAGGGACAUUAUUUAUACAGAUAUUUUGUUUAAGUGUUUGUUUUUAUUAAACAAACUACGUUGCACCUGUUUUUGAUAUUUCUUCAGCUUUAUUCACAGAAUCAACAUGAAGCUUGUUAGAGUGAAUGGUGACUGUUUUAUUUUUCUAAUUUUUUGUUUCUUUUCAGUACAUGGUAACAAUUAUAGAAAAGUAAAGUUGAGAAAUAGUGUUACUCUUCUUGGGCUUCAUUGUUUCAGCUGUUAAUGCAUUUCACAUAUAAAAGGCUGUUUUAAUCAGAAUUUGUGCAGGAUGAGUUAAAGCAUUUUUUUGUGAAAAAGAAAAUGGAUCUUUAGUCACUAAGAUAUCAAGCAACUGCACAGUUUUGCAUCACAUAGGAAUUUAAUGAAUGACAGAAUAUUAUUUUUAAUUAAUGUCAGAUAGGAUCUGCAGUGAACUUUCUGUUUCAAAUUAUUGCAGCUUAUUUUUACUGCACAUUUUCAUUUGAGUUUUCUCUGAUGACAAGAAUGUACGUCGACUGCCAAUUUAUUUUAUUUUAUUUUUUAAGCACAUUGCUCUCACAUUGUAGAAUUAGACCAAUCACAGUAAGCUGGGUUCAGUGUUAUCUAUCCAGAUAAAGAAGAGGGCUAUUCUGUAUUUAUUGCACAUAACACAGUGAUUAAAACUAUGUUCUCAGAAACCUAAAUAAUAUCUUGUAUUUAAAAAAGAUUAUUUUGUGUUGCCAAAACUAUUUUUCCACAUUGGGCCAAACUAUAUUUUCAAAAAGUACAGUAUUGAGUCAUAAAAGUAGAUAGAUAUUUAUUUUAGAUUCUGCAUGUUCACACAGUGAUUCAGCUUUCACAUGGAUCAGAUUAAUUUAUUUUAUUGCUCAUAAAAAUCUUAAGUUAUAUUUUUCAAGAUUUAUUAUUAUAGAAAUGACUCAUUUAUUGUUUUGAUGCUAAUCCUGCCCUGUGUCAUCUUGUACUACUUCUGUAUGAAAAAGAAAAAAAAAAAAAAAAAAACACCUUCAAGCUUAUUCGUGUUAAGCCCCUAAUCAUGUCAGGUCUUCAAAGCAGCUUAGCGAUAAUGAGAAGAGCAGUUACUUCUAGUGGUAAAAACUGGGUGAAAUUACCAGAAUCGCAUGAAUAAGAUAAAGGCUUUAAUGGUUCAACAUGAAAAAUGUUCUUGGGUUAGAUCUUAGGUGGUUUCUUCAAAGUGUGUAAGGAAGAGUAGAGACUGAUUGUCACCAGGUUGUUUUACUUUAAAGAAUUGUAAAUUCUAGUAAACCAUGCCUUACCUUCCACCUCUUUGUUUUUGCACUGGAAUCAGAGUCAGUACAUGUUUGGUGUCUGAAGUAACAACCUCUGCUUCCAAGUGGUGCGUCACAAUCAGAGAAAUCAGCUACUCUGUCAGUCACUGCUUUUGUUUCUGUAAAGGUAGCGAUAUAAUUGAAGUUUAAAAUGUGACACAGAAAUGUUGUAGAUUGGGUUUUGUCAGGGCUUAGGGAGAAAGCUCUGGGAUUUUCUUUACUUACUGUUUGCAGUGGUUUACAAAGCUUAACCACUUGCAACAAUUAAAUCAUGAAAUAUGCAAUUUGACAGAAAACUGUUAAGUUGAAAAUAUUUAUUUUCAUAAGUAAUGAAAGUUUAUGAGCAACUUAUUGUAUGUGGUGUCAUGAAAAGGUUGUAAACCUGGAAAUGUGUUAUACUGAAUUCAAAGAAUAAUAAUGAGUGGAAUUUAUCUUAUGAUUUGUGGUGGUUGUUUUGAUGCUUUGUUUUUCUUUGAUAACUGAACAUGUGAAGAAUAAACAUGUUAAGUA